AUGGCAGGCUGUUAUAACAAGUGCCGAAGUGCGAUUGACCACCUGGAGGAUGAGAAGGCUGCCCUCACCUUGGCCAUGGCCGACCACCUGCGGGACUAUCAGGAGCUGGUGCAGGUGAAGACCAGCCUCAGCCUGGAGGUGGCAACCUAUCGAGCCUUAUUGGAAGGAGAAAGUAAUCCAGAGAUACGGAUCCUGGCUGAGCGCACGGAACACCUGCCGCGAGAGCUCAGAACCACGGGCUACCAGCACACGCACUCGGCGUUACAGAGGGAAAUGAGGGAAAACGAGAGAAAUCUGUUUCUGAGGCACAAGCCGCCCUCCGGGAGUGUCCGUCGCAGCUGGACCCGGCCCACGCCGCACACAGCCACGGGGCCCGCCGCUAGGAGAUGCUUCCCGGGCCCGGGAUCUCCUGUCCUGCCCACCGCCCGGCGGGAGACCGCCUAUGAGAAAACCGCCAGCAGUCAGGCCCGUUUCAGGACUUUCUCUCCCACGGCCGGGCUGUCAAGGAAAGCCGAGGUGCCCGCACAGACAUUCCCUGGGAGACCGAGAACAGACGGUCCCAAGGAGCGUCUGUCCAGAGAGGCCAGCCCCGCCCGCGAGUCCCACCGUGACCGCAGGGACCGAGUGGCGGUGGGUGCCGCCGAGAGCGCCUGGUCCGGGGAGAGGAUCGUCAUUUUGGGAAAGAAAACGGAAGCCCCGGCCGAGAGGGAGCGGGAGAGAAGCCGGGAGAGAAGCCGGCCGGUGACCAUCCACGUGAAGCGAGAGGAGAAGAUGUUUGACUCGAAGGAGAAGGCUUCGGAGGAGAGGAACCUGCGGUGGGAGGAGCUGACCAAGCUGGAUAAAGAAGCGAGGAAGAGGGAGAGCGAGCUCAUGAAGGACAAGGCGAAAGGGAAGGAGCCCCCCAAAGAGACAGGUGUGCGGGUGAGAGAGGUACCGAUCCGCCUGGAAGUGUCCCGGGACAGCCGGGCAGAGGAGGGGGCCCCCCGAGGGACCCGGACGCCCCUACAAAAGGAUGCAGGUGGUGGUCCGGGUGGAGGGAUGGACACGAGGAGAGAGACGAGGUUCGGGCUGGAUGCCAGGGAGGCCGCGGGCUCGCCGAGCGGCGACGCCACGACGGAAACCAUCGCGGAGAGCAUCGUGUCCAGCGUGCUGAAGCGGUUCACCCAGUCGCCCGAGACCGAGGCCUUUCCGGACACGAAGGUCACGUACGUGGGCCGGAGGGAGCUGCCCGGGGACAAGGGAACCAAGACGGAGAUCGUGGUGGAGUCGAGACGGACGGAGGAGAUCGACGUGAGGGACGGAGCCGGCCUGGACUCCCUUCUGGGCCAGGGCGGGAAGGCCGAGGUGGAGCUGAAGGCCAAGUCCACGGAGCGGAUGAUCGGGGACCUCAUCAGUCUGGGGCUGAAGGGGAGGGAGGGCAGGGCCAAGGUGGUCAACGUGGAGAUCGUGGAAGAGCCCGUGAGCUACGUGGCGGGCGGGAGGACGGAGGAGUUUUCCACCCCCUUCCGAGUGGAGGAGGCCGAUGAUGCAUCUCCGGGGUUCAGGGAGGAGGAGGAGGGUGUUUAUGGCGAAACGGAGGUUGCGUUCUCAGCAGCUCGACGUCAGAAAUCCACGCUGCCCCCGGGGAACGCGACGCGGGUGGAAGAAGUGACGGAGGCAGGUGACUCGGAGGAAGAGCAGAGUUAUUUCGUGUCCACCCCAGAGGAGGGCCCCGAGGGGCGUGACUUCGGGCAGGACAGGGACGAGGGCUCGGUGUACGGGCAGAUCCACAUCGAAGAGGAGUCCACCAUCCGGUACUCCUGGCAGGACGAAAUCGUGCCGGCGGCCCGGAGGAUGGUCUCCGGGGGAGAGACGGCGGGGAAGUCCCCGGGGACCCCAGCAUCGUCUCCGGAGGCGGAGGUGGGCUCCCCGCACUGGAUCGAGGAGACGACCAGCGGCGAGUUUCGCGCCGAAGCUACGGUCAUCGACAAGGAGAUUAAAAUCCCGCACCAGUUCCACACGUCCAUCAACAGGGACUUCAGGGAGCCCAGGCACCAGCUGGUGGAGGUGAUGGAGCAGUUGGAGGAGAGCCUCCCAGAGCGGGUGAGGGAGGAGCUGUCUGCCCUCACCACCCAGGACCAGGGCGGGCCGGGCGGCCGCCUCUCGGUGGACGUGAAGAAAGUCCAGCCCUCGGGCGGCGGGGCCAUGACCCUGGUGGCCGAAGUCAACCUGUCCCAGACCGUGGACACCGACCAGCUAGACCUGGAGGAGCUGAGCAGAGACAACGCGGGUGAGAUAGAGCGAGCCGUGGAGGCCGUGGUGCGAGGCAGCCUGACCCAGCGACGCAGCCCGGGCUCGGAGACGGUCACCACGCCCGGGCCGGUGUCGGCCACCGUGGAGGUCACCAGCCCACGGGGCUUUGCCCGCUCGCAUGUGCUGGAGGACGUCAGCUCGUCUGUGAGACACAUUAAGAUCGGCCCCUCUGGAGUUUGGAGGACCGAGCAGGUCCCCGCCGAAGGACCGGCCACAGGACAGAUGGACGUGAGCCCCACGGAGGCGGCCCCCCGCUGGGCCCGAGAGACCACGGUCCUCUUCGCCACAGGGACGGAAGGGGAUGCUCACAGCAGCACCUGGAGGGAGGCCGGCCGUGAGGAGGACCAGGCUGCCCGCGUGGGCUCCCGGGAGCAGGCCGUGUUCGACAGGACGGUGCAGCUGCAGAGGAUGGUGGACCAGAGGUCGGUGGUCUCGGACGAGAAGAAAGUGGCCGUCCUCUAUCUAGACAGUCAGGCGGACGAGGAUGAUGGACACUGGUUUUGAUGACGUCUUUGUGUUCGAGGGUAUUUGGUUUUGUAAUGUACCAACACGCAGAGGCCUUGGCUCAUUGUAAACGGGUGUGUGUGUGUGUGUGUGAAGUUCCCACUCUUCGCUGAAACCUCCCCCAUCUUUUUAAUUUCUCCAAAGAGGGCGCCAGGUAAUGUCAACUUUCUCUGCAGCCUGGAAAGGUGUCGAAUGAAUGAAUGAAUGAAUGAAUGCGUGUCUUAAAAGGCGCUGGAGUUUUAUCUGAGUUGGGGCUUUUCAAAAAUACCGUUGAUCUUUGUGGUCUUAAAAGUUUUUUUUUGUUUU